CGUCAUUCCCGCCAAUUUUUCAACAUGGAAUACAAUAAUGGCGGAUCUGCUGACGAUAAUGGGAUUAAUGGUAAUUUGUAUUACCUAACAGUAGCAUCGGGGUGGGGUUGAGACGUCGGGAACCACUUUCAGUUUCUGCUGCUUACUUGCUUCGUAAACACGGCUUACGUAACGUGUAUACCCGGUUUGACAGCCCGCAUUUGCAUGACAUACUUUUUAAAAUUCGAACGAUUUAUCUUAAUUGUCUAUGAUCAGACUUUGACGAGUUUAUACAUAAUUUUGACUUAAUUAAAAAAAUUUAAAUCCGGACAAGAAGUGAAUGUCAUUUUUUUUUAAAUAAUGUGUAGAACGAAGUGCAUUAUCAUUAGUGCUCGCCAAAGUGUUGUGUUUGUUUUGUGAAGAUAUAUCAAGCUAAAGCACCAUCUGUCGAAAAGGUGGAGGGGGUGGCGAGUGCGGUGCGGGGUGCGCGGGCGGACGGCGCGGUAACACCGCCGCUCCGGCGCGUGCGUUUGCGUCGCACCCACCGCAUCCGCUCCGAGCACUCGAUGAUAUGCCGCCGGUACUUAGGUCAAACCCUUUGUACACUGAAGAGGAAGAACAAGAGAUAGUGAUAAUCGUAGACUCACUGGAGACGGAGUCGGUGGAGGUCGCAGAUGACACCCGGAACCCUCGACGAGCGCCAUCUUACUCAUCAGGUAGAAAAUGUUAUGGCAGCGGUGGAGGCAGCCACGGUCGCGUAUCACCAAGUUUACCAAAGAAUGAGGAAUAUGAAGUUGAGCCGAGACUCUCGGACUUAGAAAAGAAUGGAUCUCAAAGUACCUCCGAUUCUGAUGGCACCCCACCCUGUACCCUCUCCAGAAGUUUAAAAGAAGAUAUCCGCUCUUGUUUGGGAGGAUGCCGAUGGGAGAAAGAUGUGGGGCAAGUGGUAGAAGCGGCUGUCCGUGGGGCGGGCGGUGUGAGUGCUGCUAGGGCGCGCCUUCACGCUGCCCUUCUAGCCCUACAUGACCCGCCCAGGGGCUAUAACCGGGGACCAUCGUUACCUUAUUGCGGGCCUGGCGUACGACCUGGCGAUGUCACCAUGAUGCCUAAAUCUACAGGCAUGUCUUUACUGGCAGCCAGCGCGCUUUUCACUUUAGAUGGUGCGAAGGGCGAGGAGCUUUCGAGACGCCUUGCUCGCAGGCAUAAGCAGCGCAGACGUUGCCGCGUUGCUCUGGCGUUGAUAGCGUUACUGUUGCUCCUGGCUGCUGUUGCUGCAGUGGAAUUACUCAUGUCGAGGGGGCAGAGGUUAUUUGGAGCUGUUUUACGUUAACAAUGUGAUAUGCAGGCCAAGAACAAGGAUUUCGUUACAAAAACAAUAAUUGUUUUGAUUGAUGUGAUGGUAUUGAAAAUUUAAUAAUUAAUUAUUUGUCUCAAUGCCUUCUAACCAAUUAACUAUUAAGUAUUAUCUAAUUUAAUAGACGCAAUGAUAUUCCUUAUGAAAUCACCUUCGUGCUUACUCUUAUCUAUGUACCAUAUCCACUGUCCGCUUCGCAAAAAGUAUAACGUAUUUAAUAACAGUUAAGAUAGAAUAUUGGAAAAUAAAUAAAGACAUUUUCUUUUGCGAGCUAGCGAAGUAUCCUCUCCCGGUGGGGGUGAUAUUCUUUAUACCUCAAAUUGUAUAAAGAAAGAGUUAUACUCCUCCCUCGAAGGCCGGCACCCACUUAAAUGGGUGUCUAUGGACUGCGAUGUCUGCCCUUUUUGGGCGUUCCGUAGGCUCGAAAAAAGAUGGAGAAACCUUAACUGCAGUCUUACUCUUUCAUCAAUAUCGGAAUUCGCUUUUCCAAGUUACGCCACGUUCAAACUAUAUCAGAAUUGGGUUGUCGUUAGUGGACGCAUAAUUUUUUAAAUCUUAUUUUUUUUAACUUUAAUUUCAUCAUGAAUUAUUCUGCUGAGUUUAGAUGUAUAGUUUAUGUUAAGUAAGGAAAUUGGGUUGUAGGGCCAGUCGGUUUGAUUCUUUCCGAUUAGCAAUAUCAAACUUUUAGUAAAAGGUAUAAUGUUAAUCCGAAAUAUAUUUUUGUUUCAUUACCUAUUUAUUUUGAUAUUGAAAACAAUUCAGAGACAGGUGGUGUUCUAGGUUUAUUACAAGUUUCCACGAGUAAUUGGUGUCGGCAUUUUGAUUGAAGAUGUUGAUUUUAGGAUUUAAUUU